CAGGCGGCGCGGGCUGGGGGCAGGGCUUGUUCCUCAAGCGGCCGCGGGGCCGGGAUGAGGUGGCGGGUAUUCUUGUGGCUUGUGCUUUGUGUAGCCGCCUGCGGGAAGACGCUGCGGGGCGGCUUCUCCAGCGCCGCCGCCAGGGCCCAGCCGGGCCGCCCCGCCGCGCGCUUUCAGUUCCGCGGUGAUCAUGCUGUUCUGUGUAUCAGAAUCAACAAUGUUGCCACAGCUGUGGGAAAAGAAGCCAAACUUCACCUGUUUCGAGCAGAGGAAUGGCUGGACCUACAGGACCAAGAUCACAGCUGUACAGAAAAAUUCUCUAAAGCUCAGCUGACAAUGUCUAUGAACCACACAGACCAAAAUAUGACAGUGUCCCAGAUUCCAUAUCCAGAAACAUGGUAUGUGUUUUAUGUAGACAAGUUUACCUGCGAGGAGAAUUAUGAAAAUUCUGAAUCCGAGGAUGUUCAGUUUGAAAUGGUGUUACUAAACCCAGAUGCAGAAGGAAAUCCAUUAGAUCACUUUAGCGCAGGGGAAUCUGGAUUACAUGAAUUUUUUUCCAUACUUAUUCUAGUCUACUUUGUAGCUGCUUGCAUAUACGCUCAAUCACUAUGGCAGACUGUUAAGAAAAGUGGACCUAUGCAUGCUGCAUUAAAGGUACUGUCAACUGCAUUACUGUUACAGAGUGGUUCAGCUUUAGCCAACUACCUGCAUUUCUCAAGUUACUCUAAAGAUGGAAUAGGGGCACCUCUUGUGGGAAGUUUGGCAGAAUUGUGCGAUGUAGUUUCUCAGAUACAAAUGUUGUACCUGUUGUUGAGUUUAUGUAUGGGUUGGACAGUAGGCAGAAUGAAGAAAUCUCAAAGCAGACCCCUUCAGUGGGAUUCAACUCCAACCUCUACUGGCAUUGCUGUAGUUAUUGUUGUUAUGCAGAGUAUUUUACUGAUUUGGAAACAGUUUGAAGAUACAAAUCAUCACAGCUACCAUUUGCACUACAGUUUAGCAAGUGGACUUCUCACUGGUCUAAGAGUUUGCCUAGCUCUGUCAUUGGCCUGUAGCCUUUAUCAGAUCAUCACAGUGGAGAGAAGUACACUCAAAAGGGAGUUCUAUAUCACCUUUGCCAAAGCCUGCAUCCUGUGGUUUUUGUGCCACCCGUGUCUUGCAACCAUUUCUUUAAUAUUUAGAGAAUAUCAGAGAGAGAAGAUUAUUACCAUAGGUGUUAUCCUCUGUCAGGCUGUCUCCAUGGUGGUCCUCUACAGACUUUUUCUGUCUCAUAGCCUAUACUGGGAAGUGUCUUCUCUGUCAUCAGUGACAUUACCAUUAACAGUACCAUCUGGACAUAAAAGUCGACAUUACUUCUGACAUAAUUAGGAAAAGACACAGUUAGGUAACAGAUGUGCUUAAUGACUUAAGAAUACAUACAUUUAUUUACUUAAGUAUGCAGUCAUACUUAAUGACUUAAGUAUGUAGAUAUUUGCUUCAGGUAAAUGUGCUACUCUGGUUUCACUGGAAAACACAAAUCAUAAAAGUAGGGCUCUUCACUGAUACUGAAUUUGAACAGGUCACCCAGUUAGGUGCAUUCACUAAAAAUGUGGUAUUAAAAUAUAUUUAAAAUUUUAAUGUUUAAAUGCAGGUUAUUUCUAUGUUACGUGCUGUGUGCUGAGGUAUAUGACAACAAAGGAAGACCAGUCUCUCUGUUCACAUUCAUAACAACAUUUUUCAAUCUAAGACCUUCCCCAUCUUGCACCAAUUUUAGUUUUUAAGGUUCUAGAAAAAACAGUUCUUCAAAUGACUGUAACAUCAAACAAGGGUGGGAUAGACCAGUCUGAAAUCUCUGUAGUGUAAUGAAUAAAAAGGUUGUGUUGUUUUUUUCUUCCUGUACUUUGUAGACAGUACACUUUAUGUUUACAUUUUUAAAUGAAAACAAACUUGUUCCAGGAAACCAGUGUAAAAUGUUUACAGGUAAAUGCAAUAAACUCUUGUUUGUUAUUUGUGCAAAUGA